GGCGGCUCUGGUAUUCACGGACUGGCCCCUCUUGCCUCCUUCUGUCCUUGGCUCCUAGCUUGUCUCCUCUAUCAGCCAUGAUUGCCAGACAGCAGAGUGUCCGGGGUGGAUCCCGAGGCUUCAGCUGUGGCUCAGCCGUUGUUGGCGGGGGCAAGAGGGUGGCCUUCAGCUCGGCCUCCAUUUCCGGGGGUGCAGGCCGUUGCUCCUCCGGAGGCUUUGGCAGCAGGAGCCUUUACAACCUCGGGGGACACAAGAGCAUCUCCAUGAGUGUGGCUGGGUCCCGCCAAGGCAUCGGCUUUGGGGGUGCAGGAGGCUUCGGCGCUGGCAGCUUUGGGGGCGCAGGAGGCUUCGGGGCCGGCAGCUUUGGAGGCGGAUUCGGAGGCUCCUUCAAUGGUCGGGGUGGUCCUGGCUUCCCUGUGUGCCCUCCCGGGGGGAUCCAGGAGGUCACCAUCAACCAGAGCCUGCUAACGCCCCUGCAUGUGGAGAUUGACCCUGAGAUCCAGAAGGUCCGCACUGAGGAGCGUGAGCAGAUCAAGACGCUGAACAACAAGUUCGCCUCCUUCAUCGACAAGGUGCGGUUCUUAGAGCAACAGAACAAGGUUCUGGAGACCAAAUGGAACCUCCUCCAGCAGCAGACAACCACCACAUCCCCCAGAAACCUGGACCCCUUUUUUGAGACCUACCUUAGCGCCCUGAGGAAACAGCUGGACACUUUGCUGAAUGACAAAGGACGCCUGGAGUCCGAGCUGAAGCUCAUGCAGGACAGCGUGGAGGACUUUAAGACCAAGUAUGAAGAUGAGAUCAACAAGCGCACUGCUGCAGAGAACGACUUUGUGGUCCUCAAGAAGGAUGUGGAUGCUGCCUACAUGACCAAGGUGGAGUCGGAGGCCAAGGUGGAUGGCCUUAAUGACUACAUCAAUUUCCUGAGAGUCCUCUAUGAAGCGGAGUUGUCUCAGAUGCAGACACAUGUUUCGGACACAUCUGUGGUGCUGUCCAUGGACAACAACCGGAAUCUGGACCUGGACAGCAUCAUCGCCGAAGUCCGCGCCCAGUAUGAGGACAUCGCUCAGAGGAGCAAGGCCGAGGCUGAGGCCCUGUACCAGACCAAGGUCCAGCAGCUCCAGACCUCAGCUGACCAAUAUGGUGACAACCUGAAGAGUACCAAGAAUGAGAUCUCAGAGCUCAACAGGAUGAUCCAGAGACUGAGGGCAGAGAUUGAGAACGUCAAGAAGCAGUGCCAGACUCUGCAGGCAUCUGUGGCCGAUGCGGAGCAGCGUGGGGAGCUGGCCCUCAAAGACGCCUACAGCAAGCGUACCGAGCUGGAGGCCGCCCUGCAGAAGACCAAGGAGGAGCUGGCGCGGCUGCUGCGUGACUACCAGGCCCUCAUGAACGUCAAGCUGGCCCUGGACAUCGAGAUCGCCACCUACCGCAAGCUGCUGGAGGGCGAGGAGUGCAGGAUGUCUGGAGAAUGCCAGAGUGCCGUGAGCAUCUCGGUAGUUGGCGGGAGUGCCAGCAUCGGAGGCAUCAGUGGAGGCUUUGGCCUGGGGAGUGGCUUUGGCUCCUGCUCCGGAAGUGGCUUUGGGUAUGGUGGUGGCGUCAGCGGCAGUACCGGGAGCAAGAUCAUUUCUACCACCACCCUGACCAAGAGGUCCCAGCGAUAGAGGAGACACAGGCCCUACAGGUCCUGAGUCCAGCCAGUCUGCCCUGGGGUCCCUGUACCUCCUUCAUUUCACCUCCACCCUCCCUCCCUGGUGCUCAUCCUGUGAGAGUCCCCUUGGUCUGGUCCUGGGCUCUCUGCUGGAGACCAUUUCCCUGGCUGGGAUGUGGACUCUGCAUCUCUUGGAGUUUGGUAGCUUCUUCUCAACUUGGGUCUGGAAGCCCCCCCACCCCUGCCCCGGAAUAGGAGGAGAUAUCUGUUUUCACCUGUGUGGACAGAGGGGACAAUGACCGGAAGCUCCAUCUGCAGAACAGCCAUGCUGUCCUCCACCCGAUCCCGGAUAUCCAUCUGCGUCAGAACCCAGCUCAUCCUCCGUUGCCUUGCUCUGCAAGGUCAGGACAAGGACCGCUCAGUGUCUCACACAAUUCUGUUCUUCCUUCUCUUUGUCUCCAAUAAAAUACUUUUGUCAUUCAUUCUGA